CUUUCAUUCUUUUACAAUCUUUUACUUAUAAUUUCCAUCUCUUCCGCUCCCUGGCUUCAAAUGAGCUCAGCGAUGGCAUUAAACUUGUCUAUGAGAAGAGGAAAUCGCAUUAAUGGCGAAAAUAUCCUGCCGGGAACGAAAUUUGGCCUGAAAUACAAGUCGGCGAAAAGACACAGUCAGAGACACGUGUCUCUCUCCUCACGUGACCCUUUGUGUGACGUCACCAACCUCUGGACACCUGCGCUGUCACACCUUUCUGACGGUGAUGAUGAUGGUGAUGGUGAUGGUGAUGGUGAUGGUGAUGGCGACUGUAGCGCGGUGGGAGAGAAUGAGAGUGUGUUGCCAAGGCGUAAUAAAUACAGGUUAGUUUUCUCUUGCUAA